AUGCCUGUUGCAAUUCUUGGUACACAAAUUUCACUUUGGUUUUUUGAUCUACGAGCUAUUAAGAAGGAACAAAAACCACGCUUUGAUGUUUUUGCUCCUGGCGCGCUUACACUAUGGAGAGUUAACGCAGCUCAAAUUACUUCUGAAAUAUCAAAUGAAGGAUUAGAAGAUGCAAGCACAAAAAUUUGGACAAGUUUUUCAUGGCGUUCAAGGAAACAACGUUCGAGUUGUAUUUCUAAUUUGUGUCUUGCGUCACGGAAUCAAGAAAUAGAAGAAUUGAGAGCAAAACUGGCAGCGCUUUGUGUACAACUUGAUUAUGAGCUUGGUUAUGCACCUCCAGUUGAAGAACUGGAUCUUUCGGUCCCACUCUCGGAUACGAAACUUAAACGGCUAAAGCGCGAAAAAGAAUACAAUGAAACUGUUAAUCUUGGUCUUAAAGCAAACCCUCCUUCGACUAGUGCCAAGCCUUCUAACUUCUUCCAAAAUCAACAAAAGAAUCCUAUCCUUAAUGGUCGACCACUUGAACAUACUUGUCCUCCUAUUACUAUUUACAAUAGAACCUUUGGUCAAUUCCUUGAAGACUUUAGGAAUUCGGAUUUGGUAGUACCUUCCGAUAUUAUGGAGUGGGUCGUAGAUAUUAUUUCUGUCGCAACAGAUAGAUAUACCAUCGAAGGCGAACGUAUGGAUACAAUUAGAGAGAUACUUUCAAAAAAAAUUGGCACCAUUUCAGUGAUUAGUUAUGGGAGAAAAGGUUGCAAGAGCGAUGGAAUACGUACGGCUAAAGUAGGCUUUCACGACGCUUAUAUUGGGAUAUUCGAAGGAAUUGAUAAGUUGGAUCUGGUAGAAUUGAUCCCAGUGUUCAAGGAGCAAUAUAUUACCGAGAUAUUUGGUCUCAGUCAUCAACUGCCAUCCUUCAUUAUCACCAUUGCCGGACGAAAAAAAGACCAAGUGAAUCAGAUUACUCGCCAUUUUCAGGCGUUACGACUUGCCUUUGAACAGCUUAGCAUUUUUUACCAGGGGUCGGACUUAAAUCAAACAGGACAGCGGUAUUUUCCCUAUCUUCGAAGUUUCAAAUCGACGGAAAAAAAUAUCAAUUUCACCUACACCGAGGAGCUGGCAGAUAAUCACACAAGAACUAUCUGGAAAGCCAGUACAGAUAAUAAUAAAAGGAUUGUCGUGACUGAAUACAAUAGAGAUGCACAUAAUAUCUGCUCUAGUAAAGGUUACGCUUCAAAACUGUUAUAUUGUAGUGCCGAUAAUGAAAUCCGAGCUCUUGGCGGAUAUAAGAUGAUUAUUAUGGAAUAUGCCGGCACCUCACUGGAUAAGAAAUUUGAUAAACUCGCGCUUUUGCGUCAAAAUUCUAUUUAUGACGAUAUAAAAUUUGCUAUUAAUUUGCUACAUGAAAAUAACUAUGUAUUUGCGGAUCUUCGUCCUCCAAACAUUUUGGUAUUAUAA